AGUCUGCGGCGGUGAUGGUACGUCGUUCGUUUGAUUUUGUUUCGUUCAUUUUGUUCAACUAAAUGAUGGAUCUCAAACGAUAGUUUCCAAAGAUAGCCCGCCUUCCUUUUUGAUCUUUCCUAUUAUUUUCUGCCAAAACAAGCUCCUAAAAAUCAUCCCACCCCACCCGUUCCUCCCCCUUUUGUACGGAGCCCCAUGGACGAUAUGUUGGGAAAAAGAGAACACAUGUGGUCGGUUCCGCCGCCGCCCCAGCCCUACUCUCCAUCCCCUUCUCCUGAUAGCAGUGGCAGCGGGGGAGAGCCAUGUGAAGCAGCAAUAGGACGACAAUAGCGGCAAGAAGCAGGUGGUCGAAUGAUUCUAUGACUCUACCCCACGGGUUUGUUCAUUUCUCACUCGUUUUAUUUCUCAAUAUUAAAAUCAAGAUGUCGAAAUUAAGAUACAGAGCGGUUGAUCUAGAGCGAUGUUGCUGGGGUGACGGAUGUGUGUGGUGGCAUGUUUGGAACCCAAGAGGGGUGCCGGCACAGUGAUGGUGGAGGGCUGGAGCCUGACUGCGUCGUGAGUGGUGACCAAGAGAUAGGAAGGUCGUUGCCUUGAGAACGCGGUCUGCGGCCUCCUCUAGCAGAGUCAGGUGGCGGUUGGGUCAUGGAUGCUGCCUCCUUCCUCUGACCACCAGCACCAGCUCCCCCUGCAAGGCCUCGCCUUCGCCAUCAAGGAGAUCCGGUUCGGCAGCGCGGCCGCGUUCGCUACCGCUGCCACGGGCGUGGGCACGACCGUGAUGGACGAGAUGACCUACAACAUGAAUAGAGAGAAUGCGCACUACGCACUCCCUCUAACGCCUAUGCUCCCGGUGGCUUCUCCUAGCGCCUCGGCCGUCACCGUCGCCGCUAGCCUCGCCGAUUUCGCCCUCGACACCGACACUGGCGACAGCUUCAGUGUGCCUCCCGCCUACUGCGUCAUCUUCUACCUCCGCCCUUCACAUGGACCAGUCUCCACCGAGAGCGUCCUCCCCAUGGCGCAGAUGUUUGACACCGUCGGGUGGUUUGCCAGAGAUAUGGCUACAUUAUCCCUUGUCACUGACGUGCUGCUGCCGCCUGUGCCUGCCAACACCAUCGAUGCCGAGCUACAACAACCAAGCCGUGUCCUCAUUUCUGGAGACUGUUUCAAGAUCUUGGGCUCCAUGGAAGACUGCACCUACGAAAUCCUCAACGCUUCAGCGGCCAAGGUAUUCGGAAUUCUGAGAAUGUGAUGCGACGCUUGGUGACGAGCGAUGCAGGGUGUCAACGCUUUGGAUGUGGCCGCGAUGAUGUAUUGGUGGCGGUGCGACGGGCUGCAUG